GCCAAGCCCCUUCACCGCAUUGACGCCCUUCGAACUGGGAGUCCACUUGGCCCUCCCAUUCGCUUCCGGAAGGCUCGGGACGCCUGCCUUCUUCCGAUUGGCGAAUGCGUGUGUCGCUCUGGGUUCGCCGCUCCUAUUGGCGGCCGACCUACAGCGCCUCAGAACGCGGUGCACCGCCACGCGGGUGGGUUCCACAGAGUGUUCGGCGGUUUGCUCGUUACAGACAUGGCAGCGGCCUCCUCAGAGGGGGCGGGCCGGGCGACGAGGCCGGACUCCGGGGCCGACAGCCGUAGCGGACUUCCCGUCGCGGAUGGAGGCGGCGCGGCGGCGAGCAAGAAGGUCGCGGCCCUGAGAGGAGCGGAGGCCACCGGAGACAGCGAGGAGGACGGCGAGGAUGUGUUCGAGGUGGAGCAGAUCCUGGACAUGAAGACCGAGGGGGGUAAAAUUCUUUAUAAAGUUCGUUGGAAAGGUUACACAUCCGAUGAUGACACCUGGGAGCCUGAGGUUCAUCUUGAGGAUUGCAAAGAAGUGCUUCUUGAAUUUCAGAACAAAAUUGUGGAAAACAAAGCUAAACCAGUCAAAAAAGAUAUUCAGAGACAGAAUGAAACAGGGAAAGAGAUGGAGACUCCUUCAACCUGCUCCACCGUGUGUGAAGCUUCUUCCCUGCAGAGACUAUCUUUAAAUAAUGACAUAUUUGAAGCAAACUCUGACAGUGAUCAGCAAAGUGAAGCAAAAGAAGAUACUUCUCCAAAGAAGAAAAAGAAAAAAUUAAGGAGUAGAGAAGAGAAGAGUCCAGAUGAGCUGAAGAAGAAAAAGGCAAAGACUGGGAAGCUGAAAGAGAAGUCCAAACCAGAGUUGGAAGGCUCUGAAAGCUUAGUUUGUGAUUUAAGGACAAAGAAAAGAAUCUUGGAAGCCAAAGAAGAAUUGAAGGAGUCAAAAAAGCCCAGAAAGGAUGAUAUGAAAGAAACUAAGGAAUUAAAGAAACUGAAGAGGAUUGAACUACGAGAUUUAAAGGCUAAAAUAAGAGAAGACGCUAAAGAAAACAAAAAGACAAAAAAAGAGAAAUGUGCAGACUCUCAGUUGGAAUCCGAAUCAAGUGUAUUUACCGAGUCAUCUUUUCAAGAAGAGGAUGGUGAGGACUUAUUUUCUGACCAUCAGGAAGAGAGACAGAAGAGUAAAGGUGUGAAGGAUAAAGCCUGGCCAGACACAGUGCCAGACACUGGGGCUGAUGAACAACUGGAUGGCUCUGGGAGUGCUGAUGAGGACGCCGACAUCAAAAACAAGAGGAAGAAGAAGAAGCCCAGGAAGAUGGAGGAGCUGAGAGAGAACAGUAAGCCAGAAAACAGGUGCCUCUUCUCAGAGAAGAAAAGUAUACACAGGAAACAGAAGAACCAAGACAGAGGCAAAGGAGCCCCAGAGUCAGAUAAGUUGAGCCCUGCAUUUGUCCAAACACAGAAAAGUUCAAGAUUGGCCGGGGAAGAAAGAGGCCUCAGGCCUGCGGAAUCCACUGGAGAGGAGAAAGAGACCAAAAAAUCAGAGCCAAAAGAAAAAUCUCAGAAAAGAAAUGAUUUGGACAAGGAAGAAAAAGGACGAAAAGAGCCAAAAGGAUUGAAGACAUUAAAGGAAUUCAGAAAUGCAUUUGAUGUAUUUAAAUUAGAUACCGAAGAUAAAAAUGACUUUGCUGAGAAUAAUCGAAAAAGAGAAGAAACCCUGCUGGAUUAUAAAGUAGUCACUGAAGAUCACAAAACCAAGGAAAACAAGCAGUUAUUUAAAGAAAAGAAAAGUGUAAGAGAUGAAACAGAUACAUGGACAUACAUAGCUACAGAAGGAGAGCAAGAGACUCUUGAUAAUAUGUGCCAAGCAGAUGAACAUUCUGAUGGCAAGCAACAGAUUCUGAGUUUGGGAAUGGACUUGCAAUUGGAGUGGAUGAAAUUAGAAGACUUUCAAAAACAUCUUGAUGGGGAAGAUGAAAAUAUUACCGUAGCUGAUGCAAUUCCAAGUAAGACAUUAAGGGAUGCAGUAAAAAAUGGAGAUUAUAUUACUGUGAAGGUUGCACUUAAUUCAAAUGAAGACUACAACCUGGACCAAGAGGAUUCGAGCGGGAUGACACUUUUGAUGCUGGCGGCUGCGGGUGGUCAGGAUGACCUCCUGAGGCUGCUGCUCAAGAAAGGGGCCCAUGUGAACCGGAGACAGAAGAACGGGACCACUGCGCUCAUCCACGCCGCGGAGAAGAACUUUUUGACAACAGUGGCUAUUCUCUUGGAAGCAGGGGCUUUUGUGAAUGUCCAGCAGAGCAAUGGGGAGACUGCUCUGAUGAAGGCCUGUAAAAGAGGAAAUUCAGACAUUGUGCGCCUUGUCAUUGAAUGUGGAGCUGACUGCAAUAUUUUGUCAAAGCAUCAAAAUAGUGCACUGCACUUUGCAAAACAGAGCAGUAACAUGUUGGUGUACAAACUGCUGAAGAGCCAUUUAGAGACGCUUUCCAGAGUAGCAGAAGAAACAAUAAAAGAUUACUUCGAAUCACGGCUCAUUCUGCUGGAGCCAGUCUUCCCUAUAGCAUGCCACCGUCUCUGUGAGGGGCCAGAUUUUUCAACAGACUUCAAUUACAGACCCCCUCAGAACAUACCAGAAGGUUCCGGGAUCCUGCUGUUUAUUUUUCACGCAAACUUUUUGGGUAAAGAAGUCAUUGCACGGCUCUGUGGACCAUGUAGUGUGCAAGCUGUAGUUUUGAAUGACAGAUUUCAACUUCCUAUUUUUCUGGACAGUCACUUUGUUUACUCGUUCAGCCCUGUGGCAGGCCUCAAUAAGCUCUUCUUAAGGCUAACAGAAGCACCCUUUGCUAAGGUGAAGCUGCUGAUCGGGGCCUACAGAGUGCAGCUGGUGCAGUGACCCGGCAAGAUGGGAAUGGACGACUUUGCAGACCUGUCUCUGCUCUGUUGGAAACAGUUUGGGAUUCUGGCACAACCUCUUCACUUUGAAACCUGUCCUCUGUUGUAGUCUAAGCUGAAACACAGUGGUAGACGCUAAUAUAGAUAUAUUUGUGCCAACAUUCUGAAAGAUCAUUGCGACCAGACUGCUUAUUUCCCGUUUUCCACAAUGUGGAAUGGUUUGUGUUUAAGGACUGUUUAUGAAAACUCAGAUUUACCUUGGAAUUUCCUGCUACAGCUGGUGGAUUUCUGCUUAAGACAAUAUAAAGCUGUUAUUUGCUUUUAUAGUAGCAAAAGAAACACAUCUUCAAGUGAAGCAAGCACCAAAGUGUCUGACUAGCCUGCUAGGAAGGUGUGAGGGAGGGUCUGAUUGUUUCUGAUAUACAGCUACCAGUUUUAAAAUUGGAGGUAUCAGCUUUUUAAAGUUGCUGUGAUUGCAACAUGAUAAAGGUCAAAUCCUAAAAUAGAGCUAAAAGCCGUGUGAAGUCUGUAAGGGGUGAAAUUUUACUCUUGUUCUUAUGGCCUGUCAAGUAAAUUUAAGUCUUUGAAGAAAGCCUUUCCAUCUCAGCUGGGCCUGUCCACACCAAGACUCAAGUGAAUCUGUUUUUCUGUGGAUUGUUCACAGAACUUAUAUUAAGAAAUACUCAGUUAAAAAAAAAAAAUCAAGAUAGAGGGCCAGGUGGUGGCACAUGUGGUUAAUUGCACACUGUAACAGGUUCAAGCCCUUGGUCCGUCCCCCGCCCCUCCACAGGGAGAAAGCUUCACAAGUGGUGAGUCAGGGGUGCUCUCGCUCUUUAUCUCUCCCCCCCAUUUAUCUGUCUCUAUCCAAUAAUAGUUUUUAAAAUAUUUUUUAAAAUCGAUCUGGACAAUGGAAACAAAACUGCUACUGGAAUUUCUUAGAAUGUUACCUUAGACAUCACACUGUACAGGCGUUUCAAAGAGCCAUUUUUUAUUUUGCAGCUUAACACUGCCUUUUGUUAGUUUUCUUAAUAAAACACCACAAUGUUAGUAUU